CCUAAAUUCUGAAACCUGAUUGGAUGCCCGGCGGGAUGAUUGAUAGGAGUAUGGAGUACCUGGAAAUCGGUCGUUUACAGAGCGUAUCAGCCAGAGCGAUGUGGACUCUGAAGCGGGGUCGAAAACAGUGGAUCAUCCCCGGGAAUAUCGUUGAAUUUGUCGCUCCGAUAGACUGAAACAUACCUAUACGGCCGCCAGCUCUACUGUAUGCAUGAAGAGAAGAUCUAGAGAGGAAUAAAUAGUAAAUUUAUAUUAUUUUUCGCAGGAACGCUAACGUUACCCGAAACAUCGGCCUUUCGCAGUCCCAAUGCUGUGGUUGCGUGAAAGAAAAGGAUGACUGUUUGAUUUUGUUUAAUUCCUCACCGCAUCGCCUUCCUCUCUUUUUCCCGGCCCGUCUGUUUUGGACUUGCUAUGGUGGACUCGAAUGCAAUGAGGAAGACUUUUGUGGUCCCGGACAUAAAGCCAUUGGAUCAGUAUGACUUGACCAGAGCCAGAAUCUGCGCCACUGUCGGGUGGCUGCUGGCGAAAUCUUACGGCAAUGCAGAGAAUGUUCCGGUGGAGCUGCGAGACCCGUUCUACUGUGAUCAGUAUGAGCAAGAACACCUGAAGCCUCCCGUCACGCGCCUUCUGCUGUCCCCUGAGCUCUACUGUCGCACUUACGGCCUUCUGCUGAGUGGAAGCCCGGGAGCCGAGGGGCCGCCCAAAGACAUCCCAGCACUCCUACAGUUCCUGGGCAGGAAGGGCUUGGCACCCAAAGACCAGAAUGCCCCCGUGACAGAGGCCGAGCUCCGACAGAAGCCCAUCAAAAUGAGUGCCCACUUGGAGUUGAUAGAUGCCUUAAUGGCAGUGGGUGCCAUGGAGACGGUGAGCACAGUCUUGGCGAGCAGCAGAUCAAAGCUGCUUGGUACAGAUGCAACCUGGGACAGAGCCCUGCUUUCCUGGGUGAACACGCUAAAUCAAAAACUGAAGGAACAAACAGAAGGUACACAAAAUGAUGCAUCUCAGCCUAGUACUGAACCACAGCCUGUUCAACCUUCGUGUCCCACCCGCUGGUACUGGAAACUUGUUCCUAUCCGGUACAGGAAGGACAGGAUGCAGUCUAAGCUCAAACCCUAUUUUCCUGUGGUGAAUGAAGUGAAGGAUCUCUCAAACGGAUGUGCUAUUGCUGCUGUUAUUCACCAUUACUGUCCCGGUCUACUGAGAUUAGAGGAUGUAUGUAUGAAGGACUCCAUGUCUGUGGCUGACAGCCUGUACAACCAACAGCUGAUUCGAGAGUUCUGUGACAGCUGUUUAAAGAGCUGCUGCCCUCUAGUGUUGGAGGAUUUGCUCUACAGUCCAGCAGAAUUAAAGACAAACAUACUGAGCUUUCUGGCAGAGCUCUUGUAUUGGUUUGAGGUCUCAAAGCCAGAGUUUGUUCAGCCCCUGCAGGACUCUGAGCUGACUGACACAUCUGAAAGGACCAACAAUGGCAACAGUGGGUCCAGCAAUAGUGGUACUCUGUCUAUCUUCAAAAAGCCUUUCCUGCCCAUUUCUUCUUCCCCUGUGACUGCAGCAACAGGAUCUUUGACUCACUCUACCUCAAUGUCUCAUGUAGAGGCAGCAGGCCGAACAUGGACUAAGAAACCACUUAGCCGUCCCUUGUCUGCUGUGUCCUUUAGUAUUCCUUUUGGACUGGAUAGUGAUGUGGACAUUGUGAUGGGGAACCCCGUUAUAACUCGGUCUGUCAGUUCGGACAAUCUUAACCCUGCUGGUCAAUCCAUGACACGUGUCCCCUACACACCUCCAGAGGACCUCAGCCACUUGCUGAGUAAGGCUCCUGGGCCUAAUUGCCCUCAAAGAGCUUCCUGGGCCACUCAAACUCGUCCAAUGCUGGCUGAAGAGAACGGCAUUGAUGAUAGUGAAACAGGAGAGCUACCAACAAUUGAAGAGGCACUGCAGAUCAUCCACAACGAAGAGAAGAUGGAGCCUCGCCUUCACCCGGACGGGGCACCCGAUGGUUUCUACCUGCAUUCACCAGAUGAUCCAGCAAAUGCUAGACUCAAUGGCAGCCCAGUGACACUCAGCUCUUCAGCACCAUCCCGCUCAGGAAUGCUCUACAACCGAUCCUCUGGAGUCCCGCCAGAGCCCAGCCGCACCAGACACCCCUCAGAGGGAUCCAGAGAUGACGACUCUGUGUUAAGAGAUGGAAGUGUGGAUUCGGAUGCCUCAGAAGAUCUUCCAAAAACUCACUCCACCCCUGCCACACCCGCCUCGGCUCCUCACAUAACAGGACCACGUGGUGAAAAGACACCGGAUAGCAGUGUUAGGAUGACCAAUUUUGCCGAACGGAAGAAGAAACUUGUUCCAGAGCAGGUACAACCCAGUGAACCACAGGCACCACAAAUGACUUCAUGGGCCAAGAAAUCAGAGGAGAGUCCCAGUAAGAGUCCUGCUCUCAGCACUGAAAUGUCAGAGCUGGGGGCAAGGCUGGAGGAGAAGCGGAAGGCCAUUGAGGCACAGAAGAAACGUAUAGAAGCCAUCUUUGCCAAACACAGGCAGCGGCUGGGAAAAAGUGCCUUCCUACAGUUAAAGAAGGAGCAGGAGGAUGGGGAUGGUGAGGAAGGACGUCAAGGGGAGGUUGGCUCCUCCUCCAUAGAAGAUGACCUCAGCUGUUUGGCACUGGAGGAGAAACUGGCACGUUUAGAGAGAGAGGAGCAGCAGGAUGAGCAACAGCAGGAACAGUUGAAAAAGGGCCCCUCAGUAGAAGAAGAGGGGAAUAUCAAGCCCUCUGUCCAACAGGACAAUCCGGUAGAGAAAGAAAAAGCUGGAGUAGGAGUUCCUGGAGGAAAAGGCACGGCCCCACUGGGAGAUUACAACAACGCUGUGUCUAAACUAAGUGCUGCUCUCAAUUCUCUCCAAAACGAUAUGCAGCGUCUCUCGGCGCAGCAGAACCAGCUGAUGAAGAAGAAGUUAGCUCCUAACAACCAGGCCUGCGGCAUCCCACCCAGCUCCAAACCCUCAACAACGACACCUUCUCGUUUGUCAAGAGAGUCCAAUCGUGACCUCCCCUCUGCCUCUUCCUCUCCUUCCCCAUCUCGCAAGAUUGCAAGUCACACCGCUCCCCCCAAAUCACCUGCGUCCCACCGUAGGGCACAGUCUGCUCCUCCAAAGAGCCCCAAACUGCAUCACCACCCUCGACCUGCAGAGCUAAAGACUCCUGCUUCCACAAGAUUUAUAACUCCCCCUCAAAGUGUGGACAACAUUCCUCAUUUGCGAAGAGGGUCCCCGUGGCAAUACAGGGAUCAGAACUCAUCCUCUUUCAACAUAGGUACCUCCAGUCAAAGUGAGACCUGCUCAGCCCCGUCCCUGGCUAGACCGGAGGACAACAUUUCAGACACAGGCUCCAGUGAGGACCAUACAAUCUUCAGUAUGGAACUGGAUAGCGGAUCUUCACAGGUUCUGCCCCGAAAGGAGCGUCAGGGUGGCGGCAGCAGCUCAGGAGCUCCUUCCGAGUGCUCCUUUGAGAGUGACGUUCCUGCAGCGGCAUUCAAUGGCAAGCGCAACAGCCUUAUCGAGAUCUCGCUGUCCUCCCUCAAAGCAUUAGAGGGUGAAGAAGCCGAUCAGAGCCAGGAUAACUUCUCAGAUUCAAUGAGUGACCAAACAGAGCCAGAAAUUAGGGGUGGAGUUGGAUUCUUCUUCAAGCAGGAUGAAGCUCGACCUGAGGAUGAGAUGGAGAGGAGAAGAGCAGCAUUACUUGAGAAACAACAAAAGAGAGCAGAGGAGAUAAAGAGACGAAGACAGGAGCAAGAAAGAGAGAGGGAGGCAAGUAGGUCAUCUUCAGUGGAUGAACCUUGCAGAGGAGAGGAUAGACCCCGAACUCCUUCUACCCCUCCGCCUCCGCGCACCCCACCACCAGAGGGCACUCCUCAGCGGCGUGGAGACUUCACCCGCCAGGAAUAUGAACGGCGACAGCAGCUAAAAAUAAUGGAGAAUCUAGAUAAAGUUCUCCGCCAGAAACCCACUACAGUAAGAGGCGUCAAGAAGCAGAGGCCCAAAACAGUGUUCAGAGAUGACUCUGACCUCUCCCGCAGCCCUGCCAAAGGGUUUAUGGGUUCUAGACUAAAUAAAGUUUAUUCCCAUUCAACAAUGAAUCUGUCCUCCAUGGCCAAUGACAAUGGGACGCUAACUGUCAGAAAAUCUCCAAGUCGUUCUCAUUCACCAUCCAGACUGCUAUCUCCAGGCCGUCUUGCUGCACAGAAUGGGGACUGGGAAAAUGCAUCUACUAUUUCAUCCCCAGCCUCCAUCCCAGAAUAUACUGGACCGAAACUCUACAAGGAGCCAAGCUUCAAGUCCAAUAAGUUCAUUAUCCAUAAUGCAAUCUCUCGCUGUUGUUUGGCAGGCAAGGUCAACGAACCACAGAAAAACAAGAUUGUAGAGGAAAUGGAGAAAAGCUCUGCAAACCAUUUCCUCAUUCUGUUUCGGGAUGCCAGCUGUCAAUUCCGGGCGGUUUACACCAUGAACCCCGAGACGGAGGAGAUGGUUCGACUCAUAGGUUUCGGGCCACGUGUUAUCAAUCCCACUAUGGUGGAGUCGAUUUACAAGUACAGCUCUGAUCGCAAGCAGUUCACGGCCAUCCCGUCCAAGACCAUGUCCAUGAGCGUGGAUGCCUUUACCAUUCCCAGCCACCUAUGGGAGCGCAAGCGCCCGGGAACCCCAAAGAAGCUCGGGACCCCAAAAUAAACCCUGCUGGAAAUGCCAACUAUGCCUGAGCUGGCCACGUCACCCUGGGUUUCUGUCCUCACUCCAGCAGAGUCGCGGGGCACCAGUGGAGUGCAUGCCGGGAGAAAGAGUGGGAUAACAAAAAAGAGGCCCUAAUACAGAAAAUCCUAAAAUUAAGUGCCCUCAGAGGUUCAUGGCUGGUGACUGUGCAAAACCUCCCUUGUUAACUACAGGUCAAGUUACAAAAAUGUAUUCAGAAAUCUCCAUUGCCAUUUUCUUAAGGUAACUGAAGUGAACUCAAGUCAUAUUUCAAAGAAAAGGGCCUGAUUGGUUUUCUAAGAUUGUACAAAAUGUAUCCUUGGCAUUUUAAUGUUAAAACUUUAGAUGCAACUUUCCAGUCUCAUCUUUCAAGUAAAAUGAAUGUCCUCCAGAAAAAGAUCCUCAGAAAUGUUACUAUCUUCCAGCUCCUUCCCUCACUGAACUGGAUCCGUUGACAUGUAAAGGAUGCCCCAGAUGAAAUCGGAUCUUUGCGCUUUGAUGAAUGUAGGGCACAAACCAACACAGGCCUUCUUAUCAUCUGUUUAUCGUCAUCAGCUUCUCAAGUCUUAAGGGACUGAAUGUAGAACUGUAUUACAAGGGGCGCAGCCACUCACCUUUACUUCACGUCAUGUGAAAAAGUCCCAUGCUGCUGUCCAUUUUGAGUCUGUCUUGCUCUGUAAUCAAACCGCUCUGUCCUUUGGCCUUCCUAAAGCCAGUUGUAGAUUGGAUGUUUGUUUUCUUAAUGCUUCGGACCUAAUCUAACUGGAUGACUCAAGCUUUUGGACCACAGGAGAGUAUGUUAAAGACCCAAAUAUUUUUCCUUCCCAUUUGCUUUAGUUAAGAAUGAAUGAAAAAGCGAAAAGAUGCCAGAACAUGCUGUUGAUUUCCAUUAAUGAUACUCAAAAAAUGAAGGAAGUCUUUUUAUUCUGUUUAUCUGUAACUGGAAAAGCAAUGUAAGAAAAAAAAAAUCAAGGCUGAUUUAAUAUACUGUAUAUUUGAAUGCUGUUUAUUGCUGAUUCUUUCAUUUUUGACACUGAUUUGUAUAUUGUGGAGAUUUGUAAGCAAUUAAUAAGCUACUCUGCUGCUUCACUACUAGAGCUGGAUGUGCUGGUGUGAAUGAGUGUGUGAGCGGGACCGGGGACAGAAUGAGACCGAUGGUGAGAAACAAUAAACUCAAAUCUGAUAUCAACUCUAUGUACCCAGAGCUGAGUGAACAAGUUGUCCUCUUUGGUGCCCCAACAUGCAGCAGCACAUAGUGAUAUACCAAUAGUGAACACCAACAGAAAGUGAUAUAAAAACAAACAUUAAAAGAAAGUGAUAAAAGGCAGAUGAGCAGCCCUGGUGUCUGCAGCCUUAAACGCUUAUGUUGUUUCUAUUACUAUGAUCUAUGAAUAGUCUCAAAACUGUCUAACUUGGCCUUAUUUGAUUCGUGGAUGGCUUGAAGUUGUCUUUUUGGAUAAAAGGGGCAUUUAGUUUGUUUCUCUUCAUCAAAGCACUAAAACAACUGAUUCAAUCAGGCCACCCUUUCCUGUCUUUGGAGAAUCAGAUGAAGUACUUCACAGAUUUGCCGUAAAGAUGUACAUAUUUUAGAAAAAAAAAAAAAAAAAAAAAAAACUUACGAAUUGGUUGAAUGAUAUGUUUCUGUGUCAAAUGAAUUGGAGAUGUGUAGGUUGCUUGUGUUCGUCUGUUGGGUAAAACAUGAUGGUUUAAUGUAACUGGAUUCUGUGCAAUUCUGUAGAAUGUUAGGUCACCUAAGGUGUAUUUAUUGGGUAAGGAUGAGCUAGAGUUUUCUGUUUUGUUUCAGAUUUUAUUAUUUAUGUUCUGGCAAAUGUGGUGAUUCACUCGUUCAUUUCAGAAAGCACAUUAAUGUUUUGUAUCUUUUAAUGUUUCCAUGUUCAUGUUGGUAGUUUUUGUUUUCUCCCAAAUUCUUUGAUUAUGGAUCAAUCCCAUGUGACAGGAUUAGAAAAAUAAAAUCAUUUUUAUAUAAUCCCAA